AUGGCCGUCAUCAUUUUCAUCGUUGCUGCGGGCUUAGAAGUCAAAACAGUCGAAAAUCAAAUUAGCACUGGAAAACUACGACCAAAUCUCUUGAGAAAUGUGUUGAGCCAUGACUCCGACCCUCAACACCAGCAGCUCUACUGGGAUAAGACCACCGGGCUAAUAUGUCAAAGCUCGUGGGCGCCCCUUGCAUCGGCUACCCGCAUUAUUCUUGAGGAGGGUUUCCGUUGUACAUACCUACAUUGGGUGGGUAUGGGGGGACCACGCAUAAAGCGCGAACUCAAUCUCCCCCACGUUGUGUCGGCCAAUCUCUUUCAAAGCGGAGAUCAUGACUCAGCUACCCCGGAAGACCGUCGCCAGGAUUCUUUCUCGCCACGGUGGUUCUGUGGAUGCACUGGACUUACACUCCGCUGUACUGAAUUCUGGGUACCUAGAAGCCUUCAAAGCUUCUACUUCGCCUUGGCCGACUCUAAGUUUGAGACCCAUGCCCUGGGAUGUCACCACUUUCAAAAGUACGACGUAUUGAUCACCCGCAAGCCACAGGGCGGAGACAAGCUUGAAAAGGAAGCUUGCGGGCACGGAGAAUUCCACAGCGGAAUGAUUAUUGUGUCCUGA